AUGACUGAUGAUAGAUCCGUGGAGGCUCAAUCGCAUGAAAUUCAGAAGACAAGACAUGAAAUUAUUAGCGAAGGUAUAUCAAUUGAUGAUCAAUUUCAAGAUGCGGUUAUCAUUGACAAGUUGCCUCAACUGUGGAAGGAUUUCAAAAACACUAUACGGAACAAAACCAAGGAGGCGACGAGAAGACAUGACCAAAAGGAGGAGACACCCCAUUGUAUUGUUCUUCUUCUUGUUUAUGUUGAUGAUACGAUUAUUACUGGUAAUGAUCUACAGGCCAUAUCUGACCUACAACACUAUCUUGGUCAACAUUUUGAGAUGAAAGACCUUGGAUCUCUCAACUACUUUCUUGGUCUUGAAGUCUCUCGGCGCUCGGAUGUUUAUUUGUUGUCUCAAGAAGAGUAUGCCUCUGAUCUUUUAGCCCGCUCAGGCAUCAUCGACUCCAUCACAUCUUCAACACCAUUAGAUCCCAAUACCCAUCUAACCCCUUUUGAUAGUGUUCCUCUUGAAGAUGUAAGCUUAUAUCGACAACUUGUUGGCAGUCUCAUCUAUCUAACAGUAACUCGUUCAGACAUUGCAUAUGCUAUUCCCAUUGUUAGUCAAUUUAUGGCUGCUCCGAGAACCAUCCAUUUUACUGUUGAUCUACGCAUCCUUUGCUAUGUCAAGAAAACUUUAGGACAUGGUCUUCAGUUUUCUUCUCAAUCUUCUCUUGUGCUGUCUGGCUAUUCUGAUGCAGAUUGGGCUGGAGACCCCACUGAUCGACGAUCUACCACAGGUUACUGUUUCUACUUAAACGAUUCUCUCAUUUCAUGGCGUAGUAAGAAACAAAGUGUUGUCUCUCGUUCCAGUACUGAAUUAGAAUAUCGUGCUCUUGAUGAUACUACCGCGUAA